ACAACAAAAAAAGUUGCCGGGAAAACUGCCGCUCCGUCAAAGCGGCACCUGAAGUCGUGAAGGGAAUUCUAAAACAGGAAAGUGCGUUUCUAUCUCUGCAGAAUAAAAACACUGCCGUGUCGCCCGUUGUCUCGGCCACUCGCCCACAGGCGAUAUGGACGAAUAUGACGAACUGUUCGAGAUAGAGGACGACUUCGAGGACCAGUUCGCCGACGAGCUGGACGCGUUGGCUCAGCUGGAAGGUGAAUCGUCCUAUCAGGGUAAAGGUCAGAAGCAGGUUCCAAAAAGCAACAAUCCCGAUGUUGAGCAUCUGCUAGCCGAUCCGUCCACCACCCCGAAGGCCAAGCGGUCAAGGCAGGAAGCAAGAGUGUCCAAGCGUCUUUUCAACUCAAUUCAGACUCAAGAGAGCAAAGCCCCGUCACAGAGUGAUGACAUCACACCGCCGUCCUCUCCGGAGCAGUAUGAAACACCUGGCAACCACAGGUCGACCCCAGCCCUGUUGGAUAUUAGUGGCUUUGCAUCAAUCCCAGAGACUCCCCGGCGACCUCCGGCGGCGGCGGCAGCAUCGCUGCGUGUGCUCAAGCGGCCUCCUUUGGAGGGAGAGUACAUCAGUGUGACCGACUCGUCCGGGAGUCGGGUCUACCUCAGACAAACAGAAGACACGGGGACGAAGGUAGUAGACUGCAGACUGGUACCCAACUCCCAUGGUGCCCUGGGGCUGCUGGUGAUGCCCAUAGGUGUGUUGAGAGAGCAGGAGGCAGAAAAGCGCCACCAGCGAAUUAUGGAAGAAUCUCAGCGUGUCACAAGUCUACUGGCCAGCAGUGUGGACGACAUUCAUCCCGGCGAAGAGGACUACGAUGCCGAAGACACGGAGGGACAAACUUCUCGACUGUGGGUGGACAGAUUCUCUCCCCAACAGUACACAGAGCUUCUCAGUGAUGACUUUACCAACCGCUGUCUGCUCAAGUGGUUGAAACUUUGGGACACUGUAGUGUUUGGAAGGGAGAGGAAGUCCCGCCCUGUCCGCUCUGACAGGCAGGCUCCCAACCAGGACUCGUUCAAACCAAAUCAAGCCAAUCAGAAUGCUAAUCGCUUCAAGAGCAAGAUGGAGGUGACGGAGGAGCUGCUGGAGGCCGAACUGGACCAGUUCAAGCGACCAAAGAUCAAGGUGGCGUUGUUGUCUGGUCCUCCAGGUUUGGGUAAGACCACCCUGGCUCAUGUCAUAGCAAAGCAUGCUGGGUACAACGUGGUGGAAAUGAAUGCCAGCGACGAUCGCAGCGCAGAAGUGUUCCAGAAACGUAUCGACACAGCCACGCAGAUGAAGUCUGUUUUGGGAUCCAAUGAGCGGCCCAACUGCCUCAUCAUCGACGAGAUUGACGGAGCGCCUGCAGCCGCCAUCAACAUCCUGUUAGCGGUGCUGAACAGAAAAGACGCCCCCGGUAGGGAGGCUGGUGCAGAGACUACAAAGAAGAAAAAGAAGAAGGAGACCAUCCUGCUGCGGCCGAUCAUCUGCAUCUGUAACGACCUAUACGUUCCAGCUCUCAGACUGCUCAGGCAGCAGGCCUUCCUCCUGGUGUUCCCUCAGACUCAGCCUUCGCGGCUCACGCAGAGACUGGGAGAGAUUUCCCUCCAGCAGGGAAUGAAGGUGGACACGGGCACUCUGAUGUCGCUGUGCGAGAAGACCGACAACGACAUCCGGUCCUGCAUCAACACGCUGCAGUUCCUCCACGGUCGCGGCCACAAGCUGGUGAACUCCAAGACCAUCCAGUGUGUCUCUGUGGGGCAGAAGGACCAGAACAAAGGCUUGUUCCAUCUGUGGCAGGGAAUCUUCCAGUUACAGCGUCCAAAACGGAAGCGUAUUGGUGAAGGCUUUGACGAGGCGCCGGGGUCAGGAGGCGGAGCUCAGAGGUUCCAGCACAUUUUACAUCUCGCUUCAUCUAGUGGAGAGUACGAGAAGGUCUCCCAGGGUCUGUAUGAAAAUUACCUGUCCAUGCGCGUGAGGGACCCCAACCUGCACGGCGUGUGUGAGGCUCUGGACUGGCUGUCCUUCUCAGACAGGUUGAACCAUGUGAUUCUGCACGGGCAGAACUUCACUCUGAUGAGAUACCUGCCCUUCCUGUCCGUCACGUUCCACUUCCUGUUUGCCCACACGCACGUGCCCCGCAUCAUUUAUCCACACAGCCAGUACGAGGCCUCCUCCCGGCUCCUCAGCAGCAGGAACGCUUUGUCCACCAUGUUGGCCGACAUCCCAGCAUGCAUCAGAGCGAGGAUCAGCCAGCUCAACCUGUCCCUCGAUAUACUUACGCUUCUCCUCGACAUCAUCUGUCCCAAACUACGGCCCGUGAAUCCACAGCUGUUCAGCAGCAGGGAGAAGGAGCAGAUGCACGAGCUGAUCAACACCAUGUUGGCAUACAACCUCUCAUACCGGCAGGACCGCACGCCCGAGGGGCAGUACACCUACAUCCUGGAGCCGCGUGUCGAGGACGUGGUGCGGUUUCCGGGGCUUCCGCCGCGCCGCCAGCUGACGUAUCAGGCCAAACAAACCAUCAGCAGAGAGAUGGAGCAGGAGAAGAUGAGGAGAGCCGAGCAGCUGAUGCUGCAGCGAAACCCCCCGACGCAAAGAGAGGCCGAGAAGAAGAGCGCCGGCCCCACAUCCACCAGGAACCAUCAGCAGAGGCUGGAGAACAUCGUCAAACAGGCCACGGUGGAGAUCAGGCCGGAGGUGGAUUUCUUUGGUCGAGCCGUCGUCCCCAGACCCCAGAAACCGCCGCCCACCUCAGAGACCGGUGAGAAGUGUGUCGUCUUUUCUAUGGGGAAGGCGGUGGGCAACAGUGACGUGUGGUUCCGCUUCAACGAGGGCAUGUCCAACGCUGUGAGACGAAAUGUCUACAUCCGGGAACUACUGUAACACGCACACGCACGCACACAC